AUGGCAUCAUUUGUAUGGGAUUGUUUGUUCUGUUUGCUGCCUUCCCUGCUACUUCUGCUGCUGUCUCUGGCUCUCCGCUGGCCCAGGGUAAGUUAUUGGGCAAGGCUGAGUGUCACGGCUGCAGGUUGGAGACUCUGGGUCAUUAUUUGCCUGAUCCUGGAGCUGCCACUUGACAGGAAUACAAGAACAUGGACCAAGGAAGCUGGAUCACCAGGGACAGAUGUUUUGUCUGGGUCAGGUCAAGCCUCAGAUGGUCCCAUGCUCAUCUGCAAACCCACUGCGCUGGCCAAAUAUCUGCUUCAGCACUGUGGCUCUCUCGCCAGGCCGAGACUUCCCUCCUGGCCCAUGGGAGACCCCCACCUCCAGACUCUGUCCAGCCUGUUGUGUGGACAACAUGAGGACACGUUACAGUUUACUAGAGACCAUCUGUUAUUGAGAGACGGGGGUCUUGUAGCUCUGGACUGGGCUGUGAGAACAAGACUGGGUGAGGCGGUCAGGAGGAAGAGGUGGGAGGGGAGGAAGGAGCAUCAGCCAGGGGGAAAGGCGCUAGGCUGCUUCACCACAACACCUCCUGUCCUUCUCCUCAUUCCUCAGUCCUGGGGAGGGAUGACCCCCCACGUAAAGGCGCUGUGCCAUCAGGCAGUGCAUCAGGGCUUUUACGUGGUGGUGUUUCAUGCUCGAGGCACAGCGGGGUGCCCACUGACCACAGCACGUCUAACGGAGUUUGGAGACCCAGCUGAUUUUGAGCAGGCAGUGGCUUAUAUCCACAGCCGGCACCCGUCCUCUGUGCUGGUUGCAGUGAGUGAGGGUUCAGGCUCAGGUAUUCUUCUUUCCUACUUGGGGGAGUGUGGAUCGAGUUCAUACCUGACAGCGGCUGCUGCCAUCUCACCUGUACUCCUGGGCCAACUGUGGUUUGAAACCGCCAUGCCUCCCAUUUAUCGCUGGGGGAUUUUGUUUCACCGGAAACGGCAGCUCAGCAGAUACUUGAGUUCCUUUAGAGCAGUCCUGGAUGUGGAUCGGGCCCUCAGCUGUUCAUCCCUCAGAGACUUUGAGGAAACUAUUUCCUGCUCUUCCGCCCAGCUUCAGCAGAGGAACCCUAGACCUCCUGUAAGCUCUCUAAAUUCAGGACUGGGCUCAGGAUCUCAUUCCCCGCAGGGUCUGGCACCUUCAGUUCUCUGGGCACUGGGCGAGAGGGCUUUCCCAUCCAAGAACUGGGACAGCUACUGGGAGCGAAAUGAACCACUAAGAGAUGCAGAUGAGGUGGCGGUCCCUGUGCUCUGUAUCUGCAGCCGCGACGACCCUCUCCUUCCACCAGCUUCCACUCUACCCCUCUCUCUUUUCCAGAGCAAUCCUUACUUCCUCCUGGCAUUGACAAACAGAGGAGGGCACUGUGGCUUCACUCUGGAGGGCCGAGAAGAGAUGAAGGGAGAAAGGACUGGAAACGAGGAGGUAGAGGAGGGCAACUGGAGUCACAUUGCAGUUCUGGAGUACUUCAGAGUAGUGGCCGAUUUCCUGAAAGGCGAGGAGAGGGACAGGGUGAGCUGUGCUGGUCCACAGGGAGAAUACAGUCAGGCUGGGCAGAGGAGCAGGAGCAGCAACAUGGCUCCAACUCGCAGGAGGAGAGCCAACAUGGUGAGGAGACCAAGACUGCAGGCACCUGAGCAGAUCAGUGUGUAUGCAGAGGAAGAUAACUUCACCUGGAAGAGGUCCUACACACGCUGAGGAGGAGAUGGUGAAGGAUGAGCUCUACAGAGAAAUGUUUUAUUUAGCUGGAGUUUUAAAAUAAUGAUAGGACAGUCCUUUAGACAAGAA